AUGGCUAGACAGAACUUCGUGGGUGUGGUUAUUUCCCACGGAAAAAUGAACAAAACCGUGAAGGUUAGAGUUCAAACUCAAAGAUACGACACUAGAGUCCACAAAGAGAUUUUCGGUAAGAAAGACUACCUCGUGCACGAUGAAGGCAACCUCUGUACCGAGGGAGAUCUCGUGCGUAUCGAGUCCAUCCCAAAAAUCUCCUCGAGAAAGUACUUCGCCAUUGCAGAAGUCAAACUGAACGAAGGUCAGCAGUUCGAGAAGUAUGAGGCUCUUGCGAAGGAGCGGGUUGCUCGCGAUGACUCGGAGCGUAUAGAGAAAUUCCUUGCUCGCAGAAAGGAGUUGGAUUCGAUUGUGACACAGGUAGCUGAUUUACAACAGUUGGACAAGAUCUCGAGGGCUUUCCCUUCCAGCGGCGAGACCGAGCGUGCACAGCUAUUAGAGCAAAUCGAGGAGAUCAAACAGAAGUAUGGAAUCCCAGCAUGGCCUUCGACGGAACCCGUUCUCGAGAUGAAGCUUUCGCAAGACCAGAAGGAUUUGAGUGUUUUGGAAAACAGAGUAGCAAAUAUCAAGGUCAUUUUGGAGAAGGUGAUGGCUGAUGAGCAGAAAAAAGCACAAAUUUUGGAGGCUGCCACGAAGGGGAAGUACGGGCCAGUGGACACAAUCAAGCCUCAAGUUCAGAAAAACAUUGUGAGAAAAUGGAUCCUUGAUCCUCGCAACGACGUCCCCGUCUCAUUAUAG